CAUGCGCAAUAAGCUCAAAGUAAUGGCGGCGCCCAGUGGCAAGGGGGGGGAACACGAGUGUGGAAUGGUGAGAGUGCUCGUAUGAUACCAGUGGAGCGUUGGUGGGGCUGUGCACGUUAGAAGUUUCCUGCUGUGAAGGAAACUAACAGCAAUUCAUUUUGCGGAUUCCCGCACGAUGGACAUGGCGGUCGAGGAUGUAUCGAGCGCCGACAUGGCCCGCGCCAAGACGCUGCUAGACGACCUCUCCGACGGCAUCGGUAAGACCAGCUCGCUGGUGGCCGCCCUGACCGCCAAGGUGAAGGACGGGCAGCUGGACACGGCGCAUGGCCUCAGCUUCCUCGAGAUGAAGAACUACCUGCUGCUGAGCUACCUGGCCGACCUGACGCAGGUUAUGUCACUGAAGCUGCGCGGCCGCUCGAUCGCCGGCGACGCCAGCGUCGACCGGCUGGUGGAGUUGCGCACCGUGCUGGAGCGCAUCCGACCCAUCGACCAGAAGCUGCGCUACCAGGUGGACAAGCUGGUGCGCAUCGCCACCACCGGCCAGCUGGGCGAGGGCGACCCGCUGCGCUUCAAGCCGCAGCCGGGCAACCUAGCCAGCCGGCCUGGAGACGAGGCGGGCAGCGGCAGCGACAGCGACGAGCCGGCGGCAGGUGCCGGCCGCCAGAAGUCCGACGGUGCUGCCCUCUACGUGCCGCCGCGCAUCGCCGCCGUGCCGUACGACGGCGACGAGACGGCCGAGUCGCGUCGCGAGCGCCGCCUGGCGGCAGCGCGCCGCCGCGCGCUCAGCAGUUCGGUGAUGCAGGAGCUGGGCCGCCAGUAUCUGGACACGCCCGAGGAGGUGCACGACCUGAGCGACACGUACCGCAACCGCAGCACGCGCGAGGAGGCCGAGCGCACCAAGUACGAGGAGGACUUCAUGGUGCGCCUACCGGAGACGAAGCAGGACCAGCGACGGCGGCGCGAGCUCACCACUGACUGGUCGCUGGGCGAGGAGCUGACGCAGCGCGCCGACCUCUCGGCGCUCGAGGGGCGCUUGCCCGGCCCGCGGCAACAAGCGACGCCGCGCGGCCGCCGCUUCUAG